UUGUAGCUGCCAUGCUAACGAAAUUCGAAACGAAAUCAGCCAGAGUGAAAGGUAAGACAACUUACAACUAGGCUGCUAAGUUCCUUUGGAAUAUUUUGUGGCAUGCAUACUUGCACAAAGCUGUAACUUUUGAAAUGGUAGUAUUUUGUCUUACGACGUUUUUAUGUAAGAUUUAUUUCACUCUGUCCAUUUCUGAUCUUUUCGUUGCUUGAUUAGGUUCUUAACACAAGUAACCAUUCUCUUAUUUGGGACAGUUCUUUAUCAGCUUUUAUGGCUAGCCUGUUUCGACCUAAGCCAGAGAACGUUUUGAUUAUCCCUUAAGAGUUUUAUAUUCAAAUUUUUAACGUGAGCGAGUUUAAGGUUUUAUUCAAAAGCUAGCUCAAGCUGGAAAGCCAUACAUAUGAUUUUGCAAAGCUUCAAAUAUUGAACUUGAGCUUUAGAAGUUUAAAAAUAUAAAAAAAGCUCUCUAUGGACAGAGCACGUGUUUACAGUUUUUGUUUUGUCUGUUAUGCACUUGUGAUGUUAACGACUUGCUUUGUCAUAUAAACAUGAAACGUAACCUGUUUUGUGGAAAAAAAUAGCGUGAUGUCUUGCCUUGAAGGGAACAUUUCCGAUGCUCAAGUCGACAUUUUAUUUGACACAUCAAGUUACUUGUUAAGCUUCAAUGGAUGUCACGAAAACUAAGACCCUCGAAAACUAAGACCUUAGACCUAAGACCCGUCUUAGUUUUUGAGAUUACAAAAACUAAGACCCCCUAAAAUCGAAUCCGUCGAAAUAUAAAGUCAAAUUGUAACAGAAAUAGAUCUAAUCUGUCAAAUUAUCUGUUGUCCGAUCCUUUCCUCCGAGUUUUUGGUCAAAUUUAACGGUAAAUUCAGGAGUCUUAGUUUUCGUAAUUUCAAAAACUAAGACCCCUCUUAGUUUUCGUCAUUACGAAAACUAAGACCCCCCAAAAAGAACGAUCCUUAAAAUAUAUAUGAAGUCGAAUUACGACCGUUCAAAGACUAUAAUUCUGAUAAUUUGACAGAUUAGACCUAUUUCGGUUACAAUUUGACUUUAUAUUUCGAUGGAUUCGAUUUUAUUGGGUCUUAGUUUUUGUAAUCUCGAAAACUAAGACGUGUCCUAGGUCUUAGGUCUUAGUUUUUGUAACACCCAGCUUCAAUUCUUGGCGUAUAGCACACCGAUGACUAGUGUCAAAGACAAAAUGAAACGUGACUUCUUGCAUCAAGAAAAAUAUCUCUUUUGACCCAAUAGUACAGGUCACGCUUAUUUUUAAUUUUAUUUUUGAUGCAACAGGUCACACUUCACCUUCAUGUAAAGUAGCAUGCUGAUCUAUUCAAAAUUUCUAAUUGAUAUAAUGUCAAGAAACUACUAGAGCGUAAUUCACUCCCCUUAUUUGCGAAUUGAAUCAUACAAUAUUUUGUGUCUGGCCUUCAGAGUUAUUGCUUUUCUUUCUCAUGGACAUUACGCACACAAAAUGACUACAUACUGCUUUACAGUUUCUAUGGAAACUGUUAACACGUGUACAAAAAGGUAAGAUUUCUGCACAGUGCCAUACAUUUAUCCUACAUGCUGUAAUCUCACAUUAAUUCACACAAGUAAGAGUUGAAACAUAUGUGCAUAAUAAAUGUAUUGGGCUGUGCAGAAAUCUUAACCAAAAAAAUCACGGACAUAUCACUUACUGGUAAAUUUCAGUUUGAGUCUGAGAUUAUGUUCAAACUAUGUCGUGUAGCUCCUGUGCCGACAUGAAAACUAUACUGGAUGGAGCUUCCAUUCACACAUGAAAAUGGUGAUUUCAGUAACAAAACAAAGCUGCUCUCUGCUUGUCUUGAAAGUGUUAUAUUUUUUUUGGAAACAGCAAACAUAAGGCUUUUUUUGUUGACAUGAGCAUAAUUUUUCAGAGUUGUUACCAAUCCUGUUAACUGAAGUGUUCUGGUUGCUUUUUGCAUUUGUAGGCAUUGCCUUUCACCCAAAGAGGCCAUGGGUUCUUGCAAGUCUUCACAAUGGUGUUAUUCAGCUCUGGGAUUAUCGCAUGUGCACUUUGUUGGAGAGAUUUGAUGAACAUGAUGGUGAGCAUGUUGUACAUACUGUUUUGGAUGAUUACAUUAAUUUACCAUGGUAAUAGGACUGAAUAGAGUCCGAUUCUGUCUGUAAUCAUAUGAGUAAUUUACAAAAUCAGAUGUCUGUGUAGGAGUCUGAUUUGUUUAAUGACGAACAUGAUUACAGACUGAAUUGGACGACACAGAGUUCUGUUAUGUCUUAAUAUUAAUUGCAAUGAAAUUUGUGAUAUUAAAACUAAAUCACAGAGAGAUAUUCAGAGAUUUUUUGUCAGAAAAGAAAAAACCAUUCAAGUGCAUGUGCAAAGCAUACUGUCCUAUUAGCAGUGAGUUUAUGCAACAAGAUGGCAGAAAGAAGAGGAUGGCAAAACGCUUGUGUGUGACAAACUUGACAUGGUUAUUACUUCUGCUUUUUGUUGUGAUCUUCACUUUCCAUUAAUGCUUUCUGGUCUUUUACAACAAGACUCGUUUAAAAGGGGGUGAAGUUUGGCGAAAAGUUUUGUAAAACAAAAUUAUUGUAACGCUUGUCCCACAAGGUAUGCUGUCUUCUUUCUUCUCCCGUCCUGUUUCGUAAGUUCACUGGUGCUGAAAUCAGAACAGCUGAUGGCCAAUCAGAAUUGAGAAUUUUGUUAUAGUUAUGAUUACAGUUAUUAUAUAAUAACUCAGUGAGAGAUUACUGGCAUGCUGAUUGCUCGAGAUGUGGGAGUACAGGGGCGUAGCCAGGAUUUUUCAAAGGGGGGGUCACAGAGGCUACUCACCCGCUGCUCUCCCUCGUGUAUCAGCGGGCUCAGUCGUAUUAUCGCGGCUUGAAGGCCCAUAUUAACUAAAGACAAGAGCCGUUGAUGAAAAUACUUCACAAAAAAACAAAUUUUAAAAAAGUGGGCUUUUCAACAAUGGCUUUUACGGCCAAGAUAUUGUCAUGGCGUUUUCGCCACUUGAAUAUUGUAGGUUGUUUGCUCAAAAGAAGGCCUACCAAGGGGGGGUCACGGGCACCCCAGGACCCCCCCUAGCUACGCCCCUGGAGUAUGGACCAUGGAAAUGACAUGAUGAUGGCCCAAUUUGUUUUUCUGCCUCUUGCAAAUGAUGUGAUUUUCCAAGAAACUUGCUGUAAAUGGAUGUUUAAUAAUGUCAAUGUUGUAAAAAAAAAAACAGAAACAACAAUUUUUCAUUGUCUACUCUAUUGUAGACUGUGGACAUGAGGUCAAAAUGUUAAAACCUUGCAGUGAAACCACCUGCCUGCAGCUUAUAUAUGGGUCCACUUGACUUUUCAACAUUUUGACCUCAUUGAGGGACCAUUCUAUUUCAGUCAGCAUGACUCUCAAACUGUCAUGAAUUACUACUUUUCCUACAAUGCAGGUCCUGUAAGAGGCAUUAAUUUCCACAACAAUCAGCCUCUCUUUGUUUCUGGAGGAGAUGAUUACAAAAUCAAGGUUUGAUAUUUGUUAUGGUUUAGCCUGAUCAUGCAUGUUAUAGUAGUCAAUGAACAGGUUUCCCAUUUCUCUUGCCACUGUCAAGGUAUAGUUUCAAGCACACAUUAAAUUUUGGUUAAAUACCAAAGACCAGGGAUUGUGUAUAAUUUAUUGCUAAGCGAAUGGUGGUUGGUAAUGGAACAUGGCUUGGCAAAAAGCUCCGAGGCUCUUGGACAAAAAUUAUUUGACUGGUAUUGUCCCACAAGUUGCAAGUUUUUGUUAAAUUCGGAAUGAGAUUCAGUUCAAAGCAAAUUCUCAAGAUGUAGAAUGGACUGUUACAUGUAUAUACCCUGGACCACUGUACUAUCGAUUUUGUGACUCUAGUCACAAUAUGCUUAUUAAUUUUUGAACUUGAUUUUAAUUUUGCAGAUCUGGAACUACAAGCAGAAGAAAUGUCUGUUUACUCUUCUAGGUCAUCUGGAUUACAUCAGAACAACAUUCUUCCAUCAUGUAAGAAAAUUUAAUAGUUCUGCCAGACUAUUAGUCUUUUUUUAUUUGACAGAGGAUGUGGGGUGGAUGUUUCCUUCCUUGGAAUCAGGAUAAGAUUCUUUGAGCCAUUGGUCGAAUGUUAUUACGUGAUGUCAUUGAAAAUCCUAUCAGUCUCAAAGACAAUCAAGUCUUGUUAAAAUCCUGGUGAAAACAGUUGACAGGUUUUUUACCUUGUCAUGUUAUUCUGGGUUCAACAGUCAUUCGAAAUGCAUUUGAACCUCUCUUAAGCAAUCACCCAAAAUGUGAAGACUUAGUGGUCACUUGCGAGAAGAGGUGACUUGCUAGAAUUUAACCACAGGGAUCUCUUCUGAGAAGAGGUCCAGAGACAUCUAUUUUUUGGCAGAGAUUUUUUUGCUUGCCAUUUCCAUGUUACAUGCUGUAUGCAAUAGUUCCACGUUUUCACAAAGUUCUUCAUACACUCUGUAGCUCAUACAGCAAAGAAAGAGACUGUACCAUGGGUCAAGUGGUCCCCUAUAAGAGGUUAAAAACAGUUGAAAACUAUUAAACUGUCAGGCCAAAAAGUGGUCGCAGUUGCUUGUGAGAGGUUCUAAUCAUAGGUCUUUGACUGGGAAAAAUUUGGUGUUUUGGAUAGGUGGUUGCCUACACUGUGCAUGGGAGGUGCUUUCUUAUCAAUUAAUGUAAUAUAAAUGCAAUAUCUUUGCAGUCAACUCUCUUAAAGACUGAUAGCUUUGGAACCAGCACUAAUUAUUGUUCGUUUUCAAGAGGUGUUCAUCUUAAACUACGUCACCUAAAAGGAGUAAAGAAAUUAACACUGUAGGAAUUCUAGGUCUCCUUUUAAAUGGUGGUGUCCUUCUUACAGAGUUGUCCUUUUGAUAUAGUUGACUGUAGACUAAAAGGUACAGUGCAGUAUGCUUUUAUGCUCAGUACGUUUAUAAUUAUGCCAAAUGUUUUAAAGGAAUACCCAUGGAUAAUCAGUGCUUCUGAUGAUCAAACUAUUCGCAUCUGGAACUGGCAGUCCCGAACAUGU